CCGCCGCAUGCACCCUGCGCGUGCUCAGGAUCCACGUCUCUGCAGGGCGAUGCCGGCCUGGUCCACCGUCCACGUGCUGCAGCUGCUGCGGGAGCUCCUCGCCUUCGUGCUCCUCAGCUACACGGUGCUCAUCGGGGCGCUGCUGCUGGCGGGCUGGACCACCUACUUCCUGGUGCUGAAGUGACAGCGCCCGGGC